UUUUUGAUCUUUCGCACCAUGAGCGAACAACAAAGUGUUUUAUUUGUAUGCCUAGGUAACAUUUGCCGAUCGCCCAUGGCUGAAGCGGUGUUCGCCCACAUGGUCAAAGAAAAGAAUCUAUCAACCGAAUUUGCCAGCAUUGACUCUGCUGGAACAGCUGGCUAUCAUGUUGGCGAGAAGCCAGACUCAAGAAGUGCUGCAACUUGCAAAAAGCAUGGUGUUCCUGUCAACUCCCGAGCACGCAAGGUCUCAAAAGCAGAUUUUUCAAAAUUCAACUACAUUUUGUGUAUGGACGAAUCCAAUCUCUCUGAUCUAAAGCAUAUGCAACCAUCGGGAUCAAAAGCAGUUGUUCAAUUGUUUGGAGACUUUGAUCCUAAAGGCGAGAGAAUCAUUCGUGACCCAUACUACGGUGGGGCUGAGGGAUUCGAGCACAACUUCAAGCAGGUUACCCGAGCCAGCGAAGGAUUCCUUAAGCAUCUCAACUUGUUAUAGACACGGCAAUGCUUUAUAUACAUUUGGGAAUCCUAGGGGUUUUUAUUUUCUUUUAGUGUAGACAUAAACAUAUCUAGACACAUCUAUGAAGCGAAGGAAAAUGGAUUAUAAUUA